GCAGCCCAGCGGAGGGACUCAGUCGCCGCCGGCCGGUCAGCGAGUGCGUCACGGCACAAGUGUGUCUGUCGUCUGCGGCGGCAGUGCGUGCUGCGCGGAGACUGGGCGGAGGCCGAACUGACCGUGACCCGCUCACGGCGCGGUGCGAACGGCCGCCCCGGCACGGGUGUGGCAACAGGCGCCUGCUGCGUGACCGCCCGCCCGCUGGACAGCCGCCGCGGGGGACGCGGCCGGGUGACGGUGGAGAGACCCAACGGCGAACCCGUGCUGUCAAGAAUAAGUGCCAACGGAGGUUUUAGCCAAGAUUGUGUGCCACAAUCUUGGCUGUUGGUAGCCCGUGGUUAUAGAGUGAUCAAGAGCAGCUCGCUCGUAGCCAAGAACUGUGAAGUGUGGAUCCGUUCAACGGGCUAACCGAGAGUUGUGGACGUUGAACCCGUGGUGACGGAGUGACCGAUAGUUGUGAACUCGGCCGACCAAGUGGCAAUUACCCGUCAGCCUCAACUUACGGGCUGUCGAGAUCGUGAAUCCGUCCGAACGUAGUGUCGUGAGAAGUGAGACCCGACCUUGUGGAGUGUCUGACAGUUUGGGAACCUUGCGCCCCUGCCGUGACUGAGCGGUCCACCCGUGCCGCCGGAAAAGUGCGUCAGGCGGCGGCCGGUAGCCGCCCGCCGACCGCUAAAACUCACCGCUGCACUACUGUCUACCGUCUGUCUGACUUCACUGACGGCGGUGCUGCCGCCGGCGCCGGUCCAAAAUGUUCCACGUGGUCACCAUGGCAGAGGAGAUCGGUAUAGGCCUGGUGGGGUUCGGCGUGGCGUUCCUCUUCCUCGGAGUACUGUUUCUGUUCGACAAAGGCCUGCUGGCUAUCGGGAACAUUCUGUUCCUGUCGGGCCUGGCGUUUGUUAUCGGUCUGGAGCGGACGUUCCGCUUCUUUUUCCAGUCGCAUAAGGUGCGCGGCACCGCCUCCUUCUUCGGCGGCAUCCUGGUGGUCCUCAUAGGGUGGCCGCUGGUCGGCAUGAUCAUCGAGCUCUACGGCUUCGUCGUUCUCUUCAGCGGCUUCUUCCCAGUCGUUAUAAACUUUUUGCGACGAAUUCCUGUGAUAGGUUCAUUUCUGAAUCUCCCUGUGAUUGGCCCGUUCCUGGACAAAAUGUCGGGUGAUCCGUCACGGCAAAUGGUGUGAGGGUGGAGGUGCUGUGUGGAAUCUAGGGACAAAGUGACCAGCGACCGGUUAUGCCUGGCCCACUGCCGGCUCCGACUCGAGUCGCGCUGUGAGCAGUGGACAAAGUGCCGAACCUCGAGUUCGUGUGGCGACACACAGAUGGCACUGCAUGCGUCGUCCGGUGAUAUGUGAUCGCUGAGUGAGCGUUCUGCUCAGCUCGGACAUUCGAGUGACGCGAUGCCCGAACCAGCGGGGAUCAGUCGGUUCCGCGGCGCGAGGUGGCUCCAUUCCUGGCGUCUUGUGCCGAUCAAAAGUCGCCGACGACGCCAGCGUCCGGCCAUCCCUGUCGCCGCUGGGAGCGAGACAUCGCUAGCGUAUCGGAAGGCUGCCUUGUGUGUACCUUACCGCGCCAUCGUGGAUCGUCCGUAGGGGGCGUCGUCCCGCUCUGUGGGUUUGGUGGGAUGUCUGUGUAAGGGAGGGCUCGUUUGGUGGUUGACAGUUGUUACGUGGGAUAAAGCGAGAGCCAUGUAAAAGUGUUUGGGCUGCCCGGUCAAAGUGGAAACUGCGAUCUCUCGUAGCUUUGUAUUCUUGGUUUACUCCAACCAAAUCAUACACCGCAGUCCUUGUACUGUUUCACCUGUGCGCUGCACUAAUGUCUAUGCGAGUCCACGUCCCAAACAUAAUAUAUAUGCUUUGUUCCCAAAGA